AGUGCCAGCUUGUUUUCAUUGUUGUGUCAGUUCGGCCGCUCAGCGAGCAGCAGCAUGUGUGUGGUGCAGCGGCUGCGGGCGUCGGUCCGUGAACGCAUCAUCUCCGCGGCUGAAGACGCUCUGCUGCGGCUGGAAAAGGGACAACCAGCGGGUAAACUACAGGCGCUGCUCGCCGAGCGGCUGGCCGCGGCGGCGGAGGACGUGCUGGGGCUGUUCGAGCUGGCCCUGGCAGACUACGAGGACCGGAUCCGGCGGUCCCAGGAGCGGUUACACCGCCAGGAGAAGCUGCUCAACGCCGUGCUGCAGCCCGAGGUCCGGCUGCACAGGGCAGAGUCCGCGCUGUUUCCCCGCGCUCCCGCUUCCGCUCACCUUCAAAAUAAAAGCUCCGGCCGUCAGAGUGGAGGGGUGACGGAAGAGGCUGCAGGCGAAUCUCUGCAGUCGAUGUCCCUUAAGAACAUGAACCUCCAGCCAGAAGAUCCAGCACAUCUGAACCAGCGUGACCCUGAAAGUGAAAGCAGCAACACUUUCUUCUCCGGGCCGUGCUCCCUCUCUUCGUCUUUUUACCCCCCCGUUUCUCCAAGCAGCAACGAGGAUCCGGAUCACGACCCCAGUCAGAAUCUCACAUACGUUAGGAAGAAGACGCGGGGCCGGCCGGCUCUUCGAGCGGUCAAGACGAAGCGAAAGCGCUUGCGUCCAACUCACGCCUUCAACUGCUCCGUCUGUGGACGCGCUCUCCAGGGGAAAGGCUACCUGUUAAAACACGUCCUGAAUGUUUGUGCCAGCAACCAGGACAACUGCUGCGGCUACUGCGGAGAUGUUUUAAAAUCAGCUGACGGUUUAAAGGAUCACCUGCAGCUCCACCAGAAGAACAGCAAGAAAUGCAGCUUCUGUGGGAAGACGUUCCACUCCAUCCUGGCGCAGGAGCUGCACACCCGCCUGCACACCGGGGAGAAGCCGUACAGCUGCCAAACCUGCGGCAAAAAGUUCAGCCAGAAGGGCCACCUCAUGUCUCACCUGCACGUCCACGCGCCAGAAAAACCUUUCCAGUGUCAGGAGUGCCCGCGGGCCUUCAGCCACCUGACCUCCCUAGAGCGGCACGUGAAGGAGCACGGCGGGAAGGUGGUGCACGCCUGCACCGUCUGCAGCCAGGAGUUCAGGAAGCAGCACAGCCUGCAGAACCACAUGGAAAACCACGAGAAGGACCGCACUCGCACGCCCAAGAGGUUCCGCAGCUCGGCGCUGUCCCACAGCUGCAAGGUGUGCAGGGAAACCUUCGAUCGGAAGAUCCUCUUAGUGAAACACGCCAAGACUCACCUGGAGGACCCGAGCAGCCGCUGUGGAGUUUGUGGAGAUCACUACCAGUCCGUCAACACCCUCACGGCUCACCUGCACUCCCACCAGGACGCCGGCAGCACCUGCGACACCUGCGGGAAGUUUUUCCCGGGUCACUCCGCGCUGCUGAUGCACAUGAGGAUCCACACCGGAGAGAAGCCCUUUAUCUGCAGCUUCUGUGGGAAAGCCUUCAACCAGAGCGGCAACCUGAAGACGCACCUGAAGAUCCACACGGGGGAGCGGGCCUUCUCCUGCAGCACCUGCGGCAAGGGCUUCACCCAGAAACAGACUCUGGACAUUCACGUCCGCUUCCACAACAAGGAGAGGCGCUUCCUGUGUCAGGUGUGUGGGAAGGGCUUCAUCCAGGAGGUGGACCUGAAGAGACACAUCCUGAUCCACACGGGGGAGAAGCCGUACAGCUGCAGCGUCUGUGGGAAGAGCUUCCAGGCCCGGCGAUCGCUCAACGGACACCUGAAAGUGCACGCAGCCGACGGGGAGGACGCCGGACUCCCACUGGACAGAAGUACAGAGCCACAGAUAUCAGACAGCGUCUACUCGUGGGUUCCUCCAGCCGUAGACCCGGGGGUGUGCACGGCGUCUGCUCCUGCUGGAGACCUCCCUCCCGUGGCCAGUGGAUUAAAACUAGCAAUGCUUGAUUUAAGUGUUUAGUUUUGCAAAUCAUCAACUUCACACCUCAAACAGAAACUUGGCACUUGGAAACUUGGAAACUGAAAAGCUCACAGUCUUUUUCCACUACCAACUACAUAGAACAUUGAUCCCAUCGAUGUA